AGUUUUUUUCUAAUGACACGGCGCUAUGCAGCCUAUGGGCGUCAAUCUCCUCUUACUUAAUCACACGUCCCCGUCUUCCUCGAGUAAUCGCUGAGGGACUUGCCUCGAUAACGGACCGACGGCUCCGGCGUCUGAAAGCAGAGAAGGCGAGGUAUAUAAGCAGGAUACUGUGGUCAAGAUGAUUUACUAUACUGCCUUUGCUGCCUUUUUACUGCUGGGUCUUGCAUCUGCCCAGUCUUCCCUACAGUUGUCGUCCUGUUUGACUAAAGACCAAAACCUGAACCUGUCCUGCAAGUUCACUCCAUCUUCAGGCCCCAAGACCUGCUACUUCAUGACAGAGAAUAAGUUGGUUGGCUCUACCAACGCGAGCAGCGUCCCAGACAGCACCUUCAAAAACCGUGCCACUGUCAGUAUCGUGGAAAAUGUGUGUAACCUGAAUUUGAACGGUUUCGCCGACGACAAACCCAAAAACUACACCUGUUACAUCAAACAAACUUCAACCGCGUCUGCUUUUGUACUUGUGGACAAGAGUAAGCUUCAGACUUGUUCUGCCUGGUGUGUCAUGCAACACAGUGGAGCAGCGCUCCUGCUAGCUUUUCUCACUUUCCCGUUGUUGGAGUUUCUCUGGGUCUAGAUUUCUCUUGGUACAACGCCAAUGCCUAAAACCCAAGUUAUACGCCCUCCUGUUUUACAUCAAAAUAAUCUGCAGGAUUUGAGAGCUCAUGCUGAUACCAAAUACACUGUCAUGUGACGCACGUUCCUCAAAUACAAUGUAAAAUGUACCUUUUUAAAUGUGGCAUUUGUUUUUAAAGUUUAAGUGAGCUCCCUGUUUAACAUUGCUCUUAAGUAUGAAUUAUAAAAUGCAAUAAAGGUUGUAUUAUGAUUGUG